CGCCGCUGAUUCAUAGCCCGGGCGCGGGGCGGCGUCCCCACCGGCGGCCGCGCAGUUCGCGGCACCGUCGUCCGCACCGCCACCUCGCGCCGCUGAGGACUUGGCGGGCUCGCGGAGCCCUCCGCCCUCGGGGAAGCCAGAUCCUAUGGCUCUCUUUGCAGUCGUUCAGGCAGCAUUCCUCUUGACGUUGCUGUCCUUCAGAACUUACCAGAGUGAAGUCUUGUCGGAACCUUUACCAUGGACUCCAGAAUCACUGGAAGUUUCCAUCAAUUCUGCACAGCAGUGUUUGUAUUUACAAUGGCGUGUCCACAACCUUACUCAUCAUCAGGAAUUAAAAAUGGUUUUUCAGAUAGAGAUCAGCAGAAUUGAAACAUCCAAUGUCAUCUGGGUGGAGAAUUAUAGCAUCCCUGUGACGUGGAACCAAGUUCUGCACUGGAGCUGGGAAUCCAAGCUCCCUUUGGAAUGUGUGACACACUUUGUAAGAAUAAGGAGCCUGGUGGCUGAUGCCAGCAUCCCUGAGCCGAGGUUCUGGAGCAACUGGAGUUCGUGGGAGGAGGUAGAUGCACAGAAGUCGCUUGGACAGGACCCAUUGUUUGUUUUCCCUAAAGAUAAGCUGGUGGAAGAAGGCUCCAACGUCACCAUUUGCUACGUUUCUAGGAGUCCUGAGAGUAAUAUAUCCUGUGCUAUGGAAGACGUACCGAUACAUGGAAAACGACUCAGUCCAAAUGUGUCUGUGUUCAUUUUGAAUGAUGUUCGUUUCAUUAGAGAAACUGGGACCAACAUCUAUUGUUUGAACCCAAGUAAUAUGAGCGGCAUCAUACUCUAUGUCUCAAAAGUACUUGAGGAGCCCAAGGACUUUUCUUGUGAAACCCAGGACCUCAAGAGUUUGAACUGUACGUGGGAUCCUGGGCAUGACACCACCUUGCGACACCAAUCUUCCCAACGCUACACUUUAUUUGAAUCAUUUUCCGGGAAAACAAAACUUUGUGAACACAAAAAAUGGUGUCAUUGGCAAGUAGCUCCAGACUCACAAGAAACAUACAACCUCACACUCACAGCUGAAAACCAAUUAAGAAGGAGAAGUGUCAGUAUUCUUUUUAACCUGACUCAUCGAGUUCAUCCAAUGAAGCCCUUUAAUGUGUUUCUUAAAAGUAUAAGUGCCACAAAUGCCACGAUGACCUGGAAGGUACACCCUGUUGGAAAUUACUCCACAUUAUUGUGUCAGGUUGCACUCCAUGGUGAAGGAAAAGUGAUACAACACAAUGUCUCCGUCAAGGUGAAAAGUCAGUACUUCUUAAGUGAGCUGGAGCCGGUCACAGAGUAUGUGACCCGAGUACGCUGUGCUGCGGCUAACCACUUCUGGAAAUGGAGUGAAUGGAUUGGUCAAACCUUCACCACACUGGAAGCUGCUCCCUCUGAGGCUCCUGAUGUCUGGAGAAAUGUGAAGUCAGUGCUGGGAUCUCAUAUUGUAACUUUAUUCUGGAGGCCACUAUCAAAAUCGCAUGCCCAUGGGAAGAUUCUAUUCUAUAAUGUAGUUAUAGAAAAUCUAGACAAGCCAUCCAGUGUAAAGCUCCUCUCCAUUCCUGCUCCGGCCAAUGGCACAGAACUAACCCUCGACCAGUGUUCUUACCAAAUCCACGUCACAGCUAAUAAUAGUGUGGGCACUUCUCCUGCUUCUAUAAUUGUCAUCUCUAGAGACCCUGGAAACAAAAAUGUUGAAGAAGGAAGAAUUCAAGGCACAGAGGAUGGAUUCUCUUUGUCUUGGAAACCCCAAUCUGGAGAUGUCAUAGGCUAUGUUGUGGACUGGUAUCCCCAAGACCCGCGCUGUCAGCUCCAAUGGAAAAACCUUGACCCCAAUACCACAAGCACAGUUAUUCGCUCAGAUGCUUUUAGACCAGGGAUCCGAUACAACUUCAGGAUUUAUGAAAUUUCUACAGAAAGGAUCGCUUAUUUAUUGGAGAAAAAAACAGGAUACGCCCAGGAACUGGCCCCUUCAGAAAACCCUCAAGUGGCCGUAAGUAACUUGACAUCCCACUCCUUCAGUCUGAGUUGGAAGGAUUAUUCCACUGACUCCCAAUCCAGUUUUAUCCAAGGGUACCAUGUCUACCUGAAACCCAAGGAGGAGCAGUGCCACCCAGGAUUUGAAAAGGUGGUCCUUUCAGAUGAUUCAGUAUGUUGCCAAUAUAAAAUCGACAACCCGGAACAGAAGACUUUUGUCGUGGAAAACCUACAGCCGGAAUCCUUCUAUGAGUUUUUGGUCACUCCAUACACAAGUGUUGGCGAAGGUCCCCAUGAUGCUUUCACCAAGGUCACCAUUCCGGAUGAAUACUCCCACGUACUAAUACGUAUCAUCCUCCCCAUGAUUUUCUGCCUUCUGCUACUCAUGGUCUUGUGUUACUUAACGAGUCAAUGGAUGAAGGAGAAGUGUUAUCCUGACAUUCCAGACCCUUACAAGAGCAGUGUCCUGUCAUUAAUAAAAUACAAGGAGAAUCAUCACCCAACAAUAAUGAACGUCAAUGACUGCGUUCCAGAUGCUAUUGAAGUUGUCAACAAGCUGGAAGGAAGUAAGAUCCAGUUCUUAGGUGCCAGGAAGUCACUCACAGAAAUGGAGUUUACUAAGCCUGCCUACCUUUACCUCCUCCCAACAGAGAACUACUCCGGCCCUGGCCCCUGCAUCUGUUUUGAGAACUUCACCUACAAUCAGGCAGCUUCUGACUCUGGUUCCUGUGGCCAUGUACCUGUACUCCUCAAAACCCCACCAAGUCAGCUGGCACUGUUGACUUCACCUGAAAAUUUACUAAAGACACUAGAACAAAACUACGUGAACUCCUCGGGAGGAAGCCCAGCUGGAGAAACUAGUUUGAAUUAUGUGUCCCAGUUGGCUUCACACAUGUCUGGAGACAAGGACAGCCUUCCAACAAAUCCACCAGGGCCAGCACUCUGUUCCGAGUACAGAACGCAAAUGGCUGUAUCCCUGGGUCUUGCCUCGCCUUCUCCGAGUGAGAACAGCAGCCUCUCCUCGGUUACCCUUUUAGAUCAAGGUGAACCCCGCCGCUAAUCGUGUACCCAGGUUGUACCUUCAUGUUACAUAGGCACCAAGAGAAGCACAGCCAGCACCGUUCUAUCACCAGAGACCUCGGUGCCUAAUCCCAGUGAGCUAUCACCACUGGCAAGUCGGAUUUACGUACGAGCACUAUCAUCUUGCCAGGUUUCCGAGUUCAGUAGCUAUGAAACUUACUAUCCUUCCUUGGAGCAGGCUUGCUGUAGAAAUGGCUGGAUCAUGGGAACAGGCAUACCACCUGCCACCCUGGCACUUCACAUGGGAACAGACGCCAUCCCCACAGGACUGGACAGGGUGGCUACGGUCCUACAAGCUCAGCCUUUAGCGAGAAAUUAUUUCCAUUAAGUUUUACCCCCACGUUGACUGUAUUAAGGGUAAAGGAAGUAGAUUUCAGGCUUUAAUAAAGUCCACCGAUCUGUUACUAAAGCAUAGAUUGUCAACGAUAAUUUAUUCUGAAUGUAUUUGAUGAAAAAGUCACAGAUGUUUGAGACCAAAACAGAUUUUUGACUUGUCUUGCAGUAAUAAGAAUUUGGAGUUCACUGGCACGGUAAAAUUAACUCUUCUGGGGCACAGACCUUAUCUAAUAGCUAAGAUAUGAAUAAAUCAGUAAGAUCCCCACAAUUGUCAUUUUAUCCAGCUUAGCACAGUCAGAGUGGGAUUGGCAAGGAACUCCUGACCUAGUGUCGAGAUAAGCGCACUCCUCCUUGAUAGACACCAGGCUUCUACCAUAAUUUUUGAUGACUACCUCAAAUAGAAAAAGGAAAGUAUAUCAUUGAGUAAUUCCAUGCACAUUUUAUGGUUGCUCUUUUAUUUCAAGAACUAUAAUAUAUAAAUGACCUGUUUUCAUUUAGCAUCCUUUGGACUCUGCAAUAAGUUGUUUUGAAUCAAGAUAACCCCCUAAUUUAUAUUCCUACUAUGGUAACCUAACAGAAUUAAACCGCAUUGUUGGCCAUUGUCUAGAAUAAUCAAAAGCUAUCUGGAGUGGAGAAAUUCUGUUUUGGCUCAGCAGCAGCUUUGUCUCCUUGAACCAAUAUAUGCAAAGCACCUGGUGUAUAAUGGGUGCUCAAUACAUGUUCAUUCCUUUCUCUUCCUUCUACCCAACCCUUAAUGUGUAUUGGCCACAUUUCUAAACAAGCACAAAUGGGGGUUCCUUUUUGUUUGCUGUGGUGGAUGUGACACCGCCUCUGGUACCAAAUGCUCUGCACCGUGCCAUCAACACUGUGAAGAGGGAGGGAAGGACCCACGUCUCACUUUAGGGAGAUGUCAGCUGGCCUACAGAUCCCCAGACAAACCAGGACUUUGUUCAAAAGGCAUUUCCACCUUUUCCUUACAUGUGUCUAAGCCUUUUGCUAAGAAAAUUGGUUAUCAACUCCUAACAUAGUACAAACAAGUAUCUUGAUCAGUAUAACAGUUUUGAGAAGACUUUGGGGCCAGUAUUGCCACCACUUAUACCUUCUUUAUGUUCCUUUGUCAUGCAUGAUGCGGUGAUUAACGUACACAGAAAUGUCGAUGACAGCGACAGCUGCUUUGUAAAUAGUAUCUUUCAUAUAGAUUUGCUUUGAAAAAUAAUCCACAAAACCUUGAAGUAAUUUUUGUUGCAAUAAGCCUU